AUAACCAAAGACGGCUGUGGUUUCUGCACCUAAUCACUCACCCGACAACGCCCUUGUGCAUGUGCGUUAUCACGGUAGAGUCUGUGGUAUCCCUGAAGUCACCUUUUGCAAAUGAAGGAAGACAUCUUUUGAGAAUGUUACGAUCCGGGAAGAAGAGAAUGCUGCUGAUGAAGAAAAUCAACCCCAAUGGUUUGUGAAUUACAGUUGCGAGUUUAGGCAAUCCUUUACCAUGUCAAUUCACAGCGAAAAUUUUGUGACUUGCACUUAAAGGUCGUCAUCCAAUGUGUAUAACUGAGGCUCGUAAGGGGACAUUUUUAUACCCGGAAUCUGAAGCAACCUACUACGUUCCAAUCCAUUUCUGACUAUUAUCAAAGAAAGAUGGAUUACAAGACCUUACAGGAAAUUGCACUUCUGUUGGACCCCACAGACGUGUUUGGGAACGAUUGGAGAAUGGUGGCGCAUAGAAUGGGAUUCACCUUCCUCGAAAUCCGCAAACUGGAGCGAGAAGCUGAACCUACAAAAAGUGUUCUGCUUAGCUAUAAACACAAGUCUGGUAAAGCAGACGACGAAUUAUUAGUGGAUUUGUGUAAGAUAUGCUCGGAAAUAGGUCGCCAAGACGUCGUUGAGGCGAUUAACAUAGACACAGAUGUAGAAGCCCCACUGGAGUCGGAUAUAAAAUCGAGACAGAAGGAAUUUCUUAUAAAAUAUAGAUGCACAAGCGAGCAAUUAUACGUCCGAACCAUAAACGAAUGCACGCGAUGCAUGAGAGACUAUUUCACAAAGCUGUGUGGAAUUAAAACGCGCCAACUGCAGGCCUUCCUAGAGAAACCGCAGAACCUGAGCGUUCUUAAGGUAUUGAGGAACAACAAUGUUUUAACUGAAAAGCAAUUCUCUUUACUUUGCCCAAGCUCGGGGAGCAUUAACAUACAUGAUAUGGACUUGUCCCUGCUGUACAUCCUUGUUAAAAACAUAGCACUAAAGGACGCGGAUUGGUCAACACUGUCCAAUCAAGACGAUCCUAAGCCGGAACACGACGUGGUCAGAAUAAAAGACCUUUGCCACAGAUUAUCUGCUGUGAGCCCAAACAACAUUCAGGUGGAAAAGUUUGAGACUAUUUUUAAUGAUCUCAGUGACCCUUUGCGUCGCCUUGGUGGAAACCCCGAAUAUAUUCUACAAACGGAAUGUAGUACUGGAGAUAAAGAGGACGCGAAGGCAACUGCUAAGCGACGAAGGGCACGUCUUUACGUGGCCAUCACUGCAGUACUAGUCUCAACAACAGUCGCUGUUAUUUUGGCUGUCUCAUUCAUCGUUCAUUCAAAAGAAACGCCACCUUACGACCACACCCCUACCUCUGUGUGUGAGAAGGUCACACCUGAAAAAAUCGCCUUCAGGUGGAAAGGUAAACAAGUCGAAUUUCCUUUCGUUAGUCGAGAUGGCUGGGGCGCUAAAGCUCCUCUUGGGGAGUACCCGUACCGAUCACAACCCGUCCCUUACGCAGUCAUAGCUCAUACGGCAGGGGCCCGCUGUAACGGCACUAGCUAUUGCUGCAUGGAAGUCAAAGGAACACAGAAAUACCACAUGAAGGCUCGAGGCUGGGAUGACAUAGGGUACAACUUCAUGGUCGGUGGAGAUGGAGUGGUAUAUGAAGGGACAGGAUGGGACCAAAUAGGAAGACAUACAAGAGGGUGGAAUUACGAUAGCAUAGGCGUUGCUUUCACGGGCAACUUUGAAACGAGUUUGCCGCCAAGUUCCUCAAUCUUAGCUGCUCGUCGCCUACUGCAGUAUGGGGCGUAUUUAGGAAAAUUAACCCAGGAUUAUGUCAUAUACGCUCACUGCCAGGUGUCCGGGUUUGUAAGUCCUGGCGCUGCCAUGUACGCUGAGAUAAGGACCUGGGACCAUUGGCAAAUACGAAAUAAAAACGGCGCAUGCGCCUAGAUGAUGCCUGCAGUGGCGUGACAGAAGUUCUGACAACCACCUCAACGAGAUGACUCGGAUCUUUAUAGCAAAAAACACACUGCACAGUAUAAUAUGAUGUAA